UCAUUCUCCGGACGCCAUUAUUUUUCAUCUAAACUUAGAAUGGCUAGUGAGACUUUGGGCAUCUGAGGCCUAAUCUACGCGACAUUGAGGUUAAAAACUCGGAAGAGGAAUCAGCCAGUUCGUAGUUUUGGUGAAGGGUGAAAGCCAAGCAAUCUCUGACUUUGGGUGAGACAAAGGCACACAGACGCGAAAAGAGAUUGUCUUGCGAAGGAAGGACGCUUUUUUGGACAACACAAAGCAACUGCAUUUGACCCUCUCGGGACUCUUCCUCUAUCCACUCUCACUCUAUCUGGAUUACAACUUGGAGUAGCUGCAGGGAAGUGGAGUGUGUUAUGGCAUCGCUGCUGGACGCAUAUGACACUAUUCUAGCAGAGAAUACUCCUCCAGUAGCAGCACCAGUUGCCGUCGCCACCCAGCACUUUGCCGACAAUAAUCGCGAUCCGACCGCUGCGAAUCCCACUGCUUCUGCCGCUUCAAUCGCCAAUCCGGGCAUCGCUGCGAGCCAUCUGGCCACUCCGGGCGCCGGGGGCGACUUGCUGACUUUCCCGUCGCCGCCCAACGGGGACGCCGUCGCCAAUAUGUUUGCUGACUCCUACGGGAGCGACCUCCUUCUCAACGAUCACGGUGGCUCUUUGGAAGAAAACAACGGUCUCUCUAGUGGUCACGAUCAGGACUGCAAAAUUUGCCAAACUAAAUUAAAAUCACCUCGAGUAUUAUCUUGUCUUCAUGUCUUCUGUGAGAUCUGCAUUGCAAAACUAUGCGCAACCGACCCAGCUUUGGGGUACACUGUGGAAUGCCCUAUUUGCAAACAAAUAACCAAGAUUGGUGCCAAGGGAGUUGCUUCGUUGCACUGCGACUACGUCACGACCAAUAUACUUGAUUUGUCCAGCAUCGAGCUUCGCGUGCUGGCGUGCACAUCGUGCAAGGGGAAGGAGAAUGCGAUUUCACGAUGCAACGACUGCGCCAACAUUCUGUGCGCCAGCUGUGAUAAUGCCCACCAGUCAAUGAGGUGCUUCGAGAACCACAAGGUGGUGAAGCUGGAGGAUCUGGUGAAGUCGUCGUCCAGCGAGAAAAUGGCCAUCCACAAGCCACUCUUCUGCACUACGCAUGCCACGGAGAACCUCAAGUACUACUGCUUCAGCUGCGAGGUGCCCGUGUGCAAUGAGUGUCUGAUUGCGGAGCACAAGGGUGGCGAUCAUGUGUAUGAGAUUAUCAGCGAUGCCGAGAAGUGUGUGCGCAUCGAGGUGGAGAACUUGAUGAAGGAGGCGAGGGGAAAGGUGGAUUACUGCGACCAGGCGGCGUGCCAUCUCGGGUCGGCGCUGAAUGAACUGCAGACUCAGCAUGAUGUGGCGCGCGAUUUGAUUGAGGAGUCUUAUCAGAGCUUCAAGGCGGUGUUGGAGAAGUGUCGCGACAAUGCUCUGAAGGAGCUGAAAGCGCUCCAUUCUGAGCGUGAGCUCAAGAUCAUGGAUGUACUGCACAAUGUGGAGAAGUCUGUGGAGAAGAUUGACAAUGCUUGCAAGUUCACGAAGCGUGUGUUGGAUCAGUCAAAUGCUCCUGAGUUGCUGAGCCUGAAGAAGCUGAUUGGGUGUCAGUUCCUCAAUCUUGUGAGCACAACACCAAAAGCCGAGAGCAACUACUCAGUGGAGUUCAAUUCGAAUUUUGAGAAGUUUGAGCGCCUGGCUCAUGACUCCUUCGGAAAAUUCCAGACUGAGGGCAGUCCUGUGAGUCCCAAGGAGUGCACACCGCCGCCAACCUUGCCCGGCAUGCCGCCGAUCCUGAUUAGUGGCAAUCAGCACGCCAAUGGCUCACAUAAUGGCACAUCAAGCAGCUCACAGGGCGCCCUCACGGGCUCAGUGACGGCCAGCAGCCCCAUUUCGCUGCCCACUUCGAUGCAGUCGUCCUUCGACGGGGAUAUGUCGGGUCUGGGCAAUGGGAGUGGCAGCAGUGCCAGCGGCAGCAGCGGCUUCGCCCUGCCAACCAACCUGGCGCCCGAGUGUCCCACUCCGGCGCCUCUGGUCAAUGGAGCAACGGUUCCGCCACCCACAACUGUGAGCGCCACACCGGCUCUGCCUGGACUCUCUCGCAUCGCGGAGUACAACAUUCAUCAGCUGGCCAAUCUCGUGGAGCACGCCGAUUUGGCUGAUCCCAUCAUUCCAUCGUCAAAUCCUAGUCCAUCACCACAGUUUACUCUGGCCGACGUGCUGUCCGGUGAUCAGAAUGCGUUCAACAAUCUGCAGGCGCUGGCAAAGUUGGGCCUCAACAAUACACCAAUAGCCAACAAUCACAGGGAGACGAGCCAGAAUAUGAAUCGUAUUGGUUCCAACUGGAACAUCACAAGCGGGAACUCUUUGAUCUCGCGUGGACCAUCACCAGGUGUGGACAACAUUCUGAUCAACGAAUUCUCUGGGAAUUCCAUCAUGCCGAAUGGCACAUCCAUGUCAUCGCUGAGCGAUGACCUGACCAUUUCCAACUUUCAAUCAUCCAUCAGCGUUCCCGGCCGCUCCAAGGCCACACCCAUGCAGAUUCGCUGCAAAUUUGGCUCUCUUGGUGCAUCCAAGGGGCAAUUCAACUCACCGCACGGCUUCUGCCUGGGAGUUGAUGAGGAGAUAAUUGUGGCUGACACGAACAAUCACAGAAUUGAGAUUUUCGAGAAGAAUGGGGCAUUCAAGUUCCAGUUCGGUGUACCUGGAAAGGAGGAGGGACAACUCUGGUAUCCGCGCAAGGUUGCCGUAAUGCGUCCGACGUACAAGUUUGUCGUGUGCGAUCGUGGCAAUGAGCGCUCACGAAUGCAGAUAUUCAACAAGACUGGGCACUUUAUGAAGAAGAUUGCCAUCCGCUACAUUGACAUUGUUGCUGGUCUCGCAGUCACAAAUCAGGGACACAUUGUUGCUGUGGACAGCGUCUCGCCGACUGUCUUUAUCAUAACUGAGGAAGGAGAUCUCGUGCAUUGGUUCGAUUGCAGCAAUCACAUGCGUGAGCCAUCAGACAUUGCCAUAAGUGGAAAUGACUUCUACGUGUGUGACUUCAAGGGGCAUUGCGUGGCCGUGUUCACAGAGGAUGGCACGUUCAAGUAUCGCAUUGGUAACGAGAAAGUCACAUGCUUCCCGAAUGGAAUUGAUAUUUCCGAUGCUGGAGACAUUCUGAUUGGUGACUCCCACGGAAAUCGCUUCCAUGUGGCGUGCUUUUCUCGCGAGGGUGUUCUUCAGUCGGAGUACGAGUGUCCCUAUGUUAAGGUGUCGCGAUGUUGCGGAUUGAAGAUCACAUCUGAGGGUUACGUGGUAACGUUGGCCAAAAAUAAUCAUCACGUUCUUGUGUUAAACACACUUUAUAUCCAGUGAUUGUCGCGGAAGGAAGAAUUCUCAAACCAAAUCGUUAAAACAUUUUAUUGAUCUCUUCGUGUUUAUAUUUUAAUUUUACUUUUUUUUUAUUCAAUCUUCAAUGCGUUAUAAUAUAUAUAUAUACAUACAAUAUUAGGAUGAGAGAGAGAAAGAAGAAGAAGAAGAAGAAGAUUUUUCCCCUUUUUAUUCUUACACAAAUAACAAGAAGAAAUUUUUUUUUUCCUUUAGAAUUUAAUCGCUUCUACAAGUUUUUUUUUCAUAUUAAUUAUAAAGAGAUAAUUUUAGAGAGAACCUCAGUGGAAAAGAUAGAAACUAUUUUUCUUAUUUUUUCCCCAAAAUACACUAAGAAAUAAAGAAGAAGAAGAAGAAAAAAAAUGGAAAUAAUGAGAGAGAAAAAAACACAAAUGAGUCAAUUUUUAGAAACAAUUACAUUUAAUGUACAUUAUAAGGUAUUUAUUAUUAUUGAACUCGAUUGAAUCGCGUUUUCUUGUUGUAAUGAAUGAAAAAAAAGAAGGGAACAGAGAUAAGAAUAAGGAUGAAAUGCAACUGAAGAUAAAUGACUGGUUCCAUUAGCAAAAGAAAAACAUAGAAGAAGAUUGAGACAAUGGACAGAAUUAUGUGUAAUGCUACGAAUAACGCACCUUUUAGUGUCUUUUAUGUAUGUACUCCUUUUGAACCUCACUUUAGUAACUGUAGACUAAUGCCAACAUUCACAAUGAAAAAGAGAAGACAUUAUAUAUUGAAUGAAGUUUAUGUUCAUGUAAAAAGGGAAAAUUCGAUGUUUUUUUCAUUUGUUAUUUUUUGUCAUUGUAACUUUUUAAAAUAUAUACGAUUUUACUAAGCAAAUACGACUGAUUUAUGUUUCUAAAUAUUAAUGAUUAUGUAAGAAGUUGUUAUAUUGAUUUUUUUUUAAUUAACUCAUGGAUAUAAAUACAAACGACGUGUGAAAUUUUUUUUCAAAUGUAAUAUUUUUUAGAGUCAUGAUGAGAAUUUUAUGCAAUCAAAGAUGCUACAUUGUGAACGGAACCGGUCUAAAUAGAUUGUAGUAGUGUAUUUUUUAUUGAUACUGGUAUCUUUUCAUUAUUAUUUUGAUACAUUUUCCCUGUCAUAUUUCAUGGUCCCUUGUUUACUAUUAACUAUAAUUAUUCUUUUACAUUUAUAAGGUGUGAUGAUUUUUGUGUGAUGAAAAUUUAAAAAGAAUUUUUUACCUGUAACAGAACGAAUUGGAGAAAGGAAAUAACACGUACUCUUUAUUUCAACCACAAAUCUUAGGUAUAAAAAAUUAGAGUUUUUUUUUUAUUAGUAGAUUUCUAAAUGCUUCGUGUGUAUAAAAGGGGAAACGCGUAUUCAAAUUCCUUUUUAUGUUUACUUUUUCGUCAAUAGAUAUAUAUAUACAUAUAUUCAAAUUGUCAUGACACGCUGUACCAGAAUUUUUUUUUAACGUGUGUGUUAUUUUUUUUAUUUGUUUAUUAUUUGUAUUAACAAAUAAGUAGAGAUAUUUUACAACCUGAUUACUUGUUAAUGUUACUUGGUAAGGAUGCAUUUUUAUUAAUUAAUUUUUGAAAACUUCACAAUAUUUGAAUUUAAAUAAAUGGAAGAAGAAAAAAAUAUGAGAUGAAAUAAAGAAGAUGAGAUGAAAAAAAGUAAUGUAUAGCUGAAAACAAUCCAAAGUAUAUAUUUGAUGAUAUUUUUUGCCUUAAAUUUUACAUAUUAUAACAUUAUAAUAAGGAGUAUUUUACUAUAUAUUUAUAUAUUAUACAUAUACAUUGAAGUAACGGUACAUAACGCUUUUUCGAGAAUUUUCAGUGAAUGUAUAAUUUGAAUAUUAGGCGGGAGAAAGGGGAAGAUUGAGGAAGUGGUGAAAGAAUUACAUAUAAAAUGAAAAUAAUAUUGAGAUUUUGUAGGCAAAAAUAAUGCAAGAAAGCAAGUAAAAUUCAUCAAAAAAGAAUGAAGUUGUGUAGAAAAAUAUAUUUACUAUUUAUGAGAAGAAAAAAAAAUCAAGAGUAAUCUGAUAAAGGAAACCCAAUGAUUUACAAAUUUACACUUACACAUUUUCUAAUAUGUAAUGAAGUAAAAAAAAAGAAGAAAAUUAUGGAGAACUGGUACAGAAAUAUGCGAAUGGAGAGAUUAUGUGUGAGUGAAUGACAGGAAUAACAGGAAACUGGAGGGGAGAAUAGAGAAAACAAUAUGUAUGUAAACUUAAUAAUAUUGCGAGAAAACAUGUUAUCAACAAUUUAAAGUUCCUCAAAGAUUUUAAAGAGUCUAAAUGAUUGCUGAUUUUUGUUCUAUUUACAAGUUUUUAAUCUAUACAAUUAAACUUCCAUUUUCAAUCACUCGUAUUAUUUUUUGUUUAAUUUUCUUAUGAUUUUUUGAAUGACUUUUACAACUGCUACCUUUAAUGAUGAAUACAGAGAUGAACAAAUAUAUUUGCACAAGAGUUUUUGUCCUUUAUAAUUUUAUUUUUCGAAUGAUGAAAGACGUUGUGUCGAUGAGAGAUAAGCUUAUUUGUGAUUUCCUUAAUUAUUUAGUGGGUGACAGCGGAAGAAAUACCAGAAAUAUGAAAGGGUAAUAGGAUGAUGAUCGAUAGGGCGUUGCUGUGACCAAGACAGUCACGGUGAGAAAUUACAAUAAGAGAAGAAGAUGAUAAAUCUUUGUAAUAACUAUUAAAGGAAGAAAAAAUGAUAUAUAAAAUUAAUGUGUAUCUUAAAGUGAAGCUAAAAAACAAGAAUAAUAUUUAAAAAUAGACUUAUGCUCAGGUUUAUAUAUUCAUAAAAUUAGACACAGUGACAAGUGAGGAGUAUUUCAUGAUUUUGGCGUUGAACUUUUCGGAAUAUGUGGUGUAUAAUAGUUAAGUCUUACAACUUAAGCAGCAAACUGAUUUAGAGUGAAAGCAAAACCCUCUGGUUUCAUCAAAUUUUAUGCAGUGGAGAAGAAUUAUAUUUUGAAUUCUUUUUUUCUAUAGAUGAUAAAUAGAGAGAAAUGGGAAGUGUGAAACUCAACUACAAUAUCCUACUAAAAAAAAAGAAGAAGAGAAGAAACAACAAACAUUUACAAGUUAAUAAAACACUUUAAUAGAGUAAUGUAGAAGGAGUGCAUAUUAGAAGUGCUCGAUAAUGUCACAAUAUGUUUACACAAUAUUUCAUAGCAAGAUGGAGAAAAUAAGUGAAGAUGAGAGGUAAAAUAGUAAUAGUGAAUAGACACUGCAAAGAAAUUAUCAAAAAGUGCAUAAAUACACAGCGAUCAACACGUAUAAACUUACUUCUAAACGUAAUAAAUGACACAGUGCUAAACUUUCAAUCCAUUUUUCUCUAGUGGUAUUAAGAAAUAGAGAUAAUGUAGUGUGUUUCUGUAGUGAGAACAAAUUGAGAUUGUGAAGAGGUAAAAGAAAAAAAGCAUCAAUCAAUCAACACCAAUCAAAUUUAUCUAAUAAAGAAGAAAAUAAAAAGAAACUGACAUUGGAAUAAGGAAUAGAUAUUGACGUGAAGCAACUGAGAGCCCCUUUUUCGAAAAUAUCCUGAUAUAUAAAUAUAUUUAUUCGUGUUGAUGUUUAUACAAAUUAAACAUUUCGACAAUUUAUUGAAUAUAAAAUGCAUCUCCAAGGAAGAAAAAAAAAAUGUAGUGAAUUUUUGCUAGAAAUCUUGUAAUGUUGUAUUUUACAUAUCAGAUGAUCAAGAUGAAAGGAAGACAGACGAAUGGAAAUUUUAUCUCUAAUUAAUAGAAUGUCAAUUUCAAAAUAGUGACAGAUGAUGAAGAAAAUGCUAAAAUUAAUCGUCAAGAAUCUUUCUGUGAGAAGAAAUUCUUUAAUUUAAAAACCUUUCGCUCCUCUUUGUGGAUUUCUUCAAACUUAUCGGUGUUCAAUUAUCCUAAAUGGUGUAAGACAGAAGCAUAAAAAAAUGAGAACUUAAGUCGAUGAGACGACAAUGUGUAAAACGUAAAUUUUGACAAAAGAAAACAAAAUAGUGCCAUUAUUUUUUCCUAAAUAUAUAUAUAUAUACAUAUAAUAAAUAUUUAUAUUAAAGAUUAAGUCUUUUUUCGAAAUGUAGUAAUAAUAUUCACCUAAUGUAUGGAUUGUGUAAUUCAUCUUCAAAGUCUUUUUUUUAGUGAUGUAGUGAUGUAACAGAGUAAUAUUUUGUGCUUUGGACAAAUGACGAAGAGAUGAGAUUUAAGGAGUAAUUUAGAAUGAACCACAUAUAAUUGAGACAAGGCAUGCGCGACAAGGUGAAGAGAGAAUUUGGAAAUAAAGAUAUAAACAUAAGCAAUAAUGAAAAAAAUAUUUACAAUUUUUCUUAUGUACAUAAUAUAGUAAGUGUUAAAUGAGCAGGAAGGAGUUUACCAAAAAAAAAUAUUACAAAAAUUCAAUGAAAAAUCAAACUUUUUCCUAGCGGUUUUAGAGAGCUGGAAUGAAGAGCAUAAGAAGAGAGAGUAAUGUUUGUUUAAGUAAAAUAAAAAAAGAAAUGUAUUGUUAGGGAGUGAAAAAAAACAGGUUCAAUCAUGCUAGAGUAUAAUGUAAUAGAUUUUUAACUGUAAUGGCGGUUACUUAAUUUAGGAAACGAUCUGUGGACAAACAAAAAAAACAUGUUUUUGUAGAUUUUAUUUGGGAAAAUUUAGAAUUUUGAGAAAGAAGAGCAAAAAAAAAAGUUGUUACCGCGUAAAUGCUAAAUAUUUUGCCCUUGCAAUUUUUGAAUUAGUCUCGAAUCUCAUUGAAAUUUACAGAAUUCUUUCUUCAUGUAUUUUAUACUCCUUGAAAGUAUUUUAGUUUGUGUUUUUUUUUAUGUUGUUAUCAUCUGUUUUUCCUACUUCCUAAAAUGAUCAAAAUGACAUAUCACGAAAUACGCUUCCCUUUUUAUUGUAUUUUGAGAGAUGGUGAGAAGGUGAGAAAAUGAUAUUAACGGUUUCCGGAGGUAAUAUUGAUAAACAAAAAAAAAACUAUGUAUUCAGUGCAAUUAUUUUCAUUUUAAGCUGUUUUUAUUUGACAUUUAAUUUAACUGUUUAAGAGAAUAAUCACUGUAAAUUUCAAUAAGAUAGAAAGAAGUAAUUGUGAAGAGAAUUAAGUAAAUUGAUAAUAUGCCUAAUAUAAUUAAACAAUAACAAUUUGUUUCUUGCAGAGCAAAAGUCUACGAAUGAGCAAGAAAUGAAUAUAUAUAUAUAUCUUUUUUUCUCAUAUUCGAGUAAACAUACAGAAGAAGAGAGAUGCAAAAAAUACGUAUACACUUGGAGAGAACUUUAAAUAUUUUUACCAUGCCUGUGAUAAGUUUUUUUCUUCAGGAUAUUUUGUGUCCUUAACAUCAUAAGUCGGCAGAACUUUCUUUUUAAACACUUAUUGAAGCACCUCUUUCUCUGUGGUGAAAAAAAAAGAGGAGAGAUGAAGGAACCUUCUUAUACAUUUGAAUUAUGAACAGGAUAAUAAAUUUAUUGACGGUGAAAAGAGACGCGUUUUGAGAAAUCGGUAAUUAAUAUUUUGAUGAAAAAGAGGGGAUUAAAUAAACUGACUUGGUCUCUUUGUACUGUAAAAUAUAUAUUUUCAAAACGAAUAUAUUGUAAUAGAGUAAAUGUGUAUUUUUUGAACAUGUAAUUGCUCAUCCAUAUUUAAAUGACAAGAAGAAGAAGAAAAAAAAAGUAAUAUUUACGAUGGAACCCUGAAUGAUGGAAUUAUUAAGAUUGAAACCCACAAUUAAGAAUCACAAUGAUAAGAAAAAAUAUUUUGUGCACUGUAAACACACGACUCUUCUAUUGAAUUUUAAUACUUUUAGCCUAAAGGAAACAAAGAUGAAAUCUUUCUAAACAUGGAGAUGAAAAAAAAAAACGUGAGGUAAUUUAAAAUAUACACAAGACAUUAUGAAAAUUUUCAAUUUCUCCGCAAUGCAGAGUAUGAGAGAGGGUGAAAGAGGAAAAAAAGGAACACGGUAAAUAAAAAUGUUAUUCUGACAAGAGAAAAAAAGGAAAAACACUUUAAAUUGCGGUUUGUUGUGAUAGAAAAUUUUUGAUAUAUAUAAUUUUUUUUACUAACUAAAAGAAAAGUGAAACUGAAUUCAAACAUACCCUGUAGAUUCAUGUACAAAAAUUGAAAUGAACGAAUGAUGAAAGAAUUACCUAUUUAAUAUUAGUAAUUAUUACUCCAAAUUGCCAUUAUUUUUAAUAUAGAAUCUAUUAAGGAAAAUGAAACAACUAUGAAUUAUAUACAAUAGAAAUAUUCUCUCCAUGCAUUUUUAUAACAUUUAAGGUGAAAAAUUACAAGUGAGAAAGGAAAAAAAAAUAGAAUUUGACAUGGAAAUGAAUCAAAAUCUAUUAUAUAUGAAAAUAAUAAUUCUAUCAACACCAAAAAAAUACAGAUUUUUUGAGUGAAGACAAUAGGAUUAAACAAUGGAAAAGGAAUCAAUAGUGUAAGGACUUGCAAAAAUUGUAAUUCUAUGGUUCUCUUCUGAGCAAUAGAAUAAUGUAAGGCAGAAAAUUAACGCAUAGUGACAUUGAUCAAAAAAAAAUAACUGAGGAUAAGAUGCUUUGUUUUACGUUGAUAAACAACAAUAUUGACUAAAAGGACGAUUAAACUGCAAUUUUUUUCAUAAAAUAUCUCUCGACCACUGAGGCUAUAUUAGAAUAUAAAUUGAGUGACGAUGAAGUGUAGCUAAUAAAUAAAUGAAUUUACAUUUUAGAGUGUAACUGUUGUUCACACCAACACACCUUUUACAUUAAAACAUAUUUUAGUAAUCUUUUAUCAAUUAUAUACAUGCUAAUGUGAAUGCAUUAAGAAUGAAAGGCAUUUGUGAACCCCUUUCUAAAGUCCCACAUCUCUUCAAUGGUGUAUUCUCUCUUUUUUUUCCUUGAAAAUCCUUCCGCCAAAUGAUUGUGAGCCUCGUGAGUGAAAAUUCCAAUUGGUGCACAAAUGCUAUGCAUUCUUCUGCAUUGUCUUAUAUACUUAGAUAUAUAGAGGAAGAAAGGAAAAAAAACAAUAUAGUAAUGAUAAAAAAAAGAAUUGUAUAGUCAUUCCAUCCAUAUUAACAAAAUUUUACACUGCAUUGUUUUUUAUUUGUUUUUUACCCGCCCCAAAAAAAUAUUAAUAUAUACACUUAGAAAGUUUAACGGAAAAUAAUGAGAGAGAAGUGUAAUGUGAAAAAUAACUAUAUAUAUAUAUUACUCAAAAAAAAUGAUACACACAAAUUUUUCUUCGUAUCUAAACAAUUGUAACAAUUUGACAUUGGGCGAAGAGAUGAAGAGGAAGAAAAUAAAAAAAAACAUUGAUGUUCUCAAAUGUAGUCAUGAUGAAAAAAAAUACCAGUGAAGUAAAUGUGGAAUAAUAAUAAAAACUAUACACACUAUUAGAGUAUUUGGAGUAGAAGGGAGCAGAGAAAGAAAUUAAAUGUGCUAUUGCACAAAUAUACAUACAAUUGUAACAAAAAAAAUUGACAAAAAUAUUUACAAAAAAAAAAUUGUUUAACGAAAAAUACGCCUCAUAUUUUAUGUCUUCCCCUAUUAAAUGCUAUUUAUAAAGUAUAAAUGAUAUUUAGUGAAAAAAAAACUGUGUAAGGAAAUCAUUGUGAAAUAUACUUUCUUAAUGAUAUUUUUUCAUUAAUGUGUGUGAAAACAUGAAAAGUCUAUAAAAUGGAAAAAAGCACAUUUCAUAUUUCUCAAAACUCUUUGCUUCGUAACUUUUUUCCUUCUUCUCUGACAAAAGUGACUCUCUCUUUCUCACUUUAUUUCUCUCGAACUUUCUUCAGAAAUUGGUCAAAAUUCUAUAUUGACAGCUAGCAAAGACAAUACUAAAUAAAAUAAAAUCAAUAAAAAUGUAUUUACAAGAUAAAUGAAGAGAGAAAGAAAAAUUAAACGUGGUCAAAUAUCUAAAGAUGUAAAAUCCUUUUCAUUUUUGAAGUCAUUCUUUAGGAUCUUUUGAUGAAAAAAUUUAAUGCCUUGUCUUAUUACAUGCAUUAAUAAUUAUGUAGCUGAUGGAAUAAACUUGGUGGAAUCACGUUUAAUGACAUGACCACAGAAUAGAAAUAUGAGUGUUGCCGUAAUAGUAUUUUAGAGAAUCGAAGACGUAAACAUCUUAUUAAUUUGGGGAGCAAGUGAGUGAAAAAGUGAGAAUUUUAUUGUACCAAAAAAAAGAAGAAAAUCUUUGCUGUAGGUAAAAAUAUAGAAAGAAAACAUUUAUUACACUGGUGGAAAAAAAAUGAUAAGAUUACAUGUUAGCACUUAUGAUGUAAGAGAAUAUUUGAUGAAAAUUUCCUUCAAUGAAAGCUGUGUCACUCCAUUUUACCACGUAAACAAAUUUUUAGGUGUUUGUUGUAUACGUCACAAUUGCAAAGUAGCAGUGAAGAAGUGAGAGAAGAUGAUUUCCUAAGAUUUGGAAUUGAUGCUUAUUUCCGAAUUGACACGGAUGACAAAGAAAGAUGGACAAAUAAGUCACUAAAUUAGAUUAUAAGGAAACAGUCUAUUGAGGGCUUAAAUGGAAAGAUUUAUGAGUUAACUUGUUUAGAGAUGAAACCAACAAAAAAAAAUUGAGAAAAGAAGCAAUGAAAAAUUUCACUAAAUGAAAUAUACCUUUUCUUUUUCACAAAAGGAUAAAAGAGAUAUUUUUAACGAAAAUGUCACACGUGAGAUUCAAAGAAAACAAAAAAAAAAGAAUAUUUACUAAAAAAAAAUCACACAUAAUCAAAUGUAAACCAAAUUAAUUUACCUUUGCAACUGGUGACCACUUUGAAGAACCAUUUGUGACUAAAAUUGUAAUGACUAAAGAAAGAAAAAACAAUUAAAUAUGGAAAGUUUUAAGGUAACAUAGAGAAAAUAGGAAACAAAUUGAGAAGCAAUAAAAUGAUACUUUCAAGCUUUUUAAGAACUAAAUACACAAAAAGAAAAUGGAGAUGUUUUGGAUGAGGAAGAUUAUUGCGAAGAAUGAUAUAAUACAAGUGCGAGGAAUGAAUUGCGAGGAUAAAAGAUGAAAUGGAAACCACAAAUGGUUGUGACUUUUAUGUUUCCCUAUCUGAAAACGAUAUGUGUUUAUUUUUAUUUUUUCAAUUUUUGCCCUAAAACCCCUGUUUAUUUUAUGAUAAUGAGAAUCUCGAAUUUUUUUUUUUGAAUAUAGUCUUUGUUUCUUUUUACAAACACGCAAGUCGCUUUACACAUUUUUUACAACAUAAAAUAUCUAGUUCAGCUAAGAGAUUGCAACUUUACAUUCCACAAUUUAUACUAGGAUUAAAGAGUAAGGGUGUUUUUUUUUAAUAAUUAAUUACAAUAAUAUUGCAGUAAAUGUGUUUUAUUUUUACUUUGCAAAACAUGUGUAACAAAACCGCCGUUUUAAAAGAAUUAUAUCUGUAACCAGAACCUAAGAGGUGAUUUUACAUAAUUUUGUGUCUCUGUAAUACUAUUAUUUACAAUAUAUUCUUUGUUUUUUUCCCUUUUCGUAGUCAGCGUUUUAGUACAAAUAUUUUGAAGUUUUGUUUUUUAUUUAUAUACUAAGUAACGAUCAACGAUGUUUGGCAAGAGAGAGAGAAAAUGAUCUUGUUCUGAACCUCGUCUUCGGUUAGCUUUUAAACAUGAUAAACUAUUAUUGCUUUACUUUGGGUGUUGAUCAAGCGAAGAGUAGUGAGAGAACUAAACAUGCGUCAGAGUGUUUAUGAAUAUUUUUUUUUCUAGAGAUGACAAGUUGAUGUAUAAUUCUAUAAUAUUUUUUGAUAGUUAUUGCUGUUUAUUGGAUAAGGCAUAGGCUAUAGCAUAUACAAUAAUAAGAUUAAGUGAAGAUAAAUGUAGCAUAACAAUUGGAAGAUGAGAAGAAAUGAUAAGUAUUUGCUCAUAAAAAAAACUCGUUUUUAUUUACCUUCUAAUUUAGAGUUAUUGUAAAUGUAAUAUCAAGAGGUAUUUCUUUUGUAAGAGAAAAAUUUAUGAAGAAACUCUGUGCCACAUAUUCAUUUAUUCGUGUGUGUGUUAUCAAAAAAAAAAUGAGAGAAAACCAACUUGCUAGGCCUUGACUUGUUUAAUUUUUAUUAUCUGUUACUUUUAGUAUGACUAAGUCAUUCAAAAGAACGCAACAUUUGUUGGAAAACCAUUUAUUGAAUCAAAAAAAGAAAAGAAAAAGAAGAUGAAGAACUAAAAAUGCCUCAGAAGCACCUUUAAGACGGAACUGCAGAAAUGAAUGAGCACAAGUACAUAUCACAAAAUCAUUUUCCCUCCCGAAGAGAGAAUGGCGAAAUAUCAGUUUUCGUUGGCUCUGGCGAAGGGAUAAUUUAAGGAAUUAGGGUUGGUAAUUGAGAAAGGAAAAAAAUAUCUUAUAUACUCUUCUAUCAAAGAAUAAAACUAUUUACCACAAACCUGAGCAUUUCUCGAAGGAAUCCCAGUAUGAAACAUAAGAUUAUCUGUGUAAAUAACUGCCCUAAUAGUGAGUACAUAGAGAGAGGAUUUUGGAGCAUUGCAGUUUGACUAUAUAGAGUGGACUUUCCAUGUUUCCGAGGAGAAGAUAGAAUUGUGGAAUAGAGUAAACGAAGAAAAAAAAAAACACGUGAAACAUUACUUGUGUCUUAGUCGUCUUUGUCUAACGAAUUUAAUUAAUAAUAAAUUAACUAUUGUUCAUGAUUCAAGUAUAUAUAAAACAUAGAAGAAAAGAAAAAAUAUAGAUUCUUGAGAAGGUGAGAAAAGGGCGAGAAAACACAAUUUUAAUGAAAAAAAAAUAAAAAUAAAAAUACGUAUUUAUUGUAUGUAAAACCUUAAGUAGAAGCCACGUAGCUGAAAAAGUCUCUAACAGAACAUUUAUUCUCACACUUGAUUGAAAUUAAUAAUUAUCUAGUAAAUCAUAAAUGAGAACGAUGAAAAUAUUGAUAGAUGAAAAAACACCCUUGAAAACACCACUAAAUAUAAAGAAGAAAAAAAAAUCUUAGUGAGGAAAUGGAAAUGUGGAGUGGAAAAAAAAUGAUGAGAAACCAUCACAAAAAAAAUAUUUUAGAGAUAUUGAAAAUUUUGUCUUCAUAUGAGGAUGUUUUUUGAUCGCAAUUUUAAGUGGUUUUUUCAUACACACCUUACAACAUAACACCUGGCGAAUGAUUAAAAUUUAGAAUUUACAAGUGUUGAAAAAAAGUAAUAAUCAUAAAAGUUUAAUGAGAA